AUGAGCGGCAUUGUUGAAUUAAUCCCAACGCCAAAGUCGCAUCAGUUUGAGCCGCGACGCAUACGCGUUGGGCCCGAGACUGAACCGGUCAAGAUUGGGCGAGCUGUUGGGAGAAUUCAGGCAGCCAAAGACAACGCAGUUUUUGAUUGCAAGGUUUUAUCGAGAAAUCAUGCGCUUUUAUGGUACAAAAACGGCGAAUUUUUCAUAAAAGACACAAAAAGUAGUAAUGGAACGUUUGUUAAUACGGAACGACUUGGAGGAACCAGUCAAGAUUCGCCGCCACGUCAAGUAUUCUCCGGUGACAUUAUUCAGUUGGGCGUCGAAAUUAUCGAAAAUACGAAUAAAGUGAUGUACGGGUGCAUCUAUGCGCUGAUUCAAUGUUAUGAUGCUGAUGGAAAUUUGAUUCAAUUGAAUCGUGUCAAUGAUCCAUCAACCAUUAAAAACUCGAAUGAUUCGCUUAUUGUGAAUCGAGCAAUGUUCCAAAUGCAACAAUUCAUAUCGGAAGGGGCGUAUAGGGAAAAAAUGCGCGAGGAGAAGCUCAUCGAUUUGGUAACCCUUUUGGAUGAUGUCGAUCGCGCUUCAGAAACUGCUUGGAAAGCGCUGGUUAAUGAGGACCGACUACUUGCGAGGAUUGAAGCCUUGGAAGCGCAAUUGGCGGUUUGUUCGAAUAAUAACACACCGGAUAAACAGAAAGAAGAACUGCUCAAGAUGAUUGAUGAUAAAACCAAGUUCGAAGCGACCACUAAAGAAACUAUACGGCGUUUGCAAGAAGAGAUUGCCGAAACGCGUUGGCGUAUGCAAGAUAUGGAAAGAAGCUUGAACUCCACUGAAAAUACUUGCAAUCAGCUUCGAAACUCGAAUUCGGAUAUGGAGAAGCUUUUAUAUGAAUCUGCAUGCAUGUUUGAUCAGAAAAUGUUUGAAUAUGCAAAAUCGAGGAAAGAAUUGGAGAAAACCAAAAUUGAGCUAUACGAUCAAAUUCAUUUGCGCGAAGAAUGGGAGGCGAAGUUCAAAAAUCUGGAAAGAGAUGUCGAGAAUGCCUCGAAUGAUCUGGCGAUGUUGUGUUUUCGAGUUCGUGAAUAUUUGGAGAAGAGCAAUGGGAAUUUUAAUAGGGUCAUUAUCGUUUCGCUGCAAAAAGCGUUGAAGCAGGUCAUGGGUGAGAAUGACGUUGAGAUUGCUGGUAAAACUAAGGAAAAUGAAGAGCAAAUAAUCGACAAAAAUGCUGAAUCCUAUUUGAAAGAGACAUUGGCGUUGCAAGCGACUAUUCGCGAUCUCGUCGCUGAGCUUCAUCAGGCGAAAGAGACGAUUGAGAAUAUGCGAAUGGAGCGGAAUGGGGAAUAUCGAAAAGUGGAGUGCAAUCAAUUGGGCGUUGGAGAUGCCAGUUUGACGAUGACGGAAGCUGGAAGCGUUUCGGUUGUGCCGAACAAGCUAGCGCUCAAAACCGGCGACAUAACAACGAAUGGGGAGAAUGUGCCGAUGGAUUGCGAUACGCGUUUUUUGGACGAAGACUACGACGUUGUCGAUUCCGGUGUUGAUGAUGAUGGACUAGUGACGAGAGAGUUUGUCUAUCGCGGAAAGGCUUAUUGUCCGGUGCCUCCGACACCUAUGACGCUUGUAUAUAAUGGGGACUACAACUCACCUUAUAAAGUUACUGCCAAGAAAGAUUCAGAAGAGGAAAAUGUAUAUAUAUUUGAAUUGAGAAUUCCGAAUCUGAAAAACAAUCAUAGCGGAACUGUGCAAAUUUAUAUCAAAGUUGGGAAUGACAUGCUCACUAGAGAGCUUGAUCUCACAUUUCGCGGGUUCAACUUGCCGAAGCCGGAUGGUCGAGCGUUCCAUGAGCUCGACGGUGAAUAUCAAGUGAUUGGUGUUCCAUUGCGCUACGUGUUGCCUAAUGAAUAUAAUUUUGUUUGGUAUAAGAAUGGCGAACUGGUGCCGCCGCAACGGAAGAGAACGCAUCAGUAUAUUUCGAAAUCGAAGGUUUCACCACUGCCGGUUGCUGCACUCAAUAUUGGGAGGACGGCUGAGGAAACUGCUGGCUCCUAUCGAGUUGUUAUCGAAAAUAGUUCCGGUGAGAAUUAUUGCGAUAUCGAUAUAAUUCACGACACCUCUCGUCCGUUCUUCUACAAACUCGCCGAAUGCAACGCGUGCUUCCAUAAGCGUUGUGUUCCGGGAACCGAUUUCGACGCGCCGAACACGGGAAUGCGUGUGAACUUGAAAAUAUUCUAUGUGUCAUCAAGCGAAAAAAUGACGCGGGUAAUUUGGUCUUGUAACGAUCCACAGUUCGUUAAGGGCACGGAAUUCGAUCGAGAAGAUUCGCGACGAAGUGUUUAUAAAUAUGAAUCAAAAAUAUCAUUCACGAUGACGAUUCGAACCCUCGAGAUGAAAUUUAAGGUUACUGUUAUGAACGAGUUUGGUAUAAAAAAUGGCUACAUGAAUGUUGUUCUAAAAGGUAUCGCAAUUUUCUGA